GGCGCGGGCUGCCGUUGAGCGCGUACUCGAGCAUUCGCGGGAACGACCCUGACGGAUUAGAACAGAGAAUUCACAUGCACAACUCUUCUGCUGCUGCUUAAUCCACGUGCCAUAUACAUGAAUGGUUUAGAAUGAUAUCCCAAUGACCCCGCCUGGACUGGAGAGCGAAGCGUUGGAAUAAAGAGGAUUCAGUUUGUGACAAAUGAAUUUGGGAGACGCAGCUGUCAGACCUCCUGUGGGGAAGCGAAUGAAGGCCAGGGCCCCCCCUCCACCUCGGCCUCCUCAACCUACCCCACGCAGGUUCUUCCGUAAUGUGCCUGAUGGAGGAGGUUCUUCAGGGGGAGACAGUAAGGAAAACAUACUUCGACCCAGUGUGGAUCUCCACAUCACUUUGCCUACAGGCUACAAGACCACCGUCAAUGUGGACGGCAGAAAAGCUCUGAUGGAUCUGUUGGUGGACCUGUGCAGUCAGUACCAUCUGAAUCCAGCAUAUCACACCCUGGAGCUGCUGUCACCUGAUGCUCAGCAUGUUAGCUUCAAGCCCAACGCCCUGCUGGGCGCUCUGGACAUCUCUUGCGCCCUGAUAAAAGAAAGAGUGCUGGAGGACAAGGUGGUCCAGAAGCCUCCACCUAAAGUGCCAGAGAAAACUGUGCGUUUGGUGGUGAACUAUCAUCGCUGUCAGAAGGCUGUGGUUCGAGUAAAUCCAUUGGCCCCCCUGCGUAUGCUUGUGCCUGUGAUCUGUCAGAAGUGCGAGUUUGACCCGGCCCACGUUCUGCUGUUCAGAGACAAUAUCAGUCACCACAAGCUGGACCUGGAUAAGUCCCUGAGCGAGCUCAGUAUCAGGGAACUCUAUGUCCUGGAUCAGACGUUAGUUCUGCAGCCUAAAAUGGCUUCGACACCAGCUCUAAACUAUUCAGCAGAAUCUCUUCACUCUAACAGUCAGAGCCUGAGUGGAUCAGAGAAGAGGGGUCUGCUGGGGUUCCUCAAGUUUAAUAGCAGGAAAUCAAAGGGUUUGUCGUUGGUGGCAAGUGGCCCAUGUGGGGAGACCCGUCCCAGCACUCUGGGUCAGUCUCAGUCUGUGAUGAACAUCUCCAGGAUGUCCCCGAAAGUGGAGUUAAAGAAACGUAGGGCACCAGCACCCCCACCAGCUCCUACACAGACUAUGCCGCUGACAUCACAGAUACAUCAUGUCUCUCAAUCCUCACACAACCAGCUAACCAAGCGCAAGGCUCCAGCACCUCCGCCCACUCCACUCCCCAGUACACCCAAACCAGUUAUUCCCACCCCUGAGCCCACUGCAGCUGUUUGGGGCCCAAGCAUGCCUGUGCCAGUGGAAAGAAUACUGCUACAAUCUCCUGCCACCACGUCUCCAGCCGAUGACUCAGCAUCUGAUCUGAGCCAUAGUAUUGAGGAUUCAGAACUGUCCGGAUCCAUCUGCAGUAGCUCCGGCGGUGAUGAUGUUGCUGGAGGAUCAUGCAGUAGCAGUCUGGCUGAGGAACCUCUGGCACAUCAGGCUCACGUGAUUGCUGCUUACACCAUAUCUAAACCAGAAGCUGAACCGUGUCCACCAGUGCCCAUAGAACAAAAGGAAGAAGCAGCUCCCCACACCAUGACAAAACAAGAACCAAGUCCAACAUCAGAAGACACAGAGGCAGCACUGGAGAUAAAAAUGGAUGAGAUGGAGAAUAAUCGCAAUAGUGGAAUAGCUUGGCUGCAUUCAGGUCACAAGACUGUCUUGGAGAAGAAAGCAGAGCAGGAGGUUGAGACAGUGUCUUUGGCCAGCAAUGAGAGUUUUGCAGACCAGGGCUAUGCAGCAUCAGAGGGCAUGUCUGAAGAGCCGGGUCCGGUGUCUCUAUCUGGAAGGAUUCAAUCUGAUGUGGGCAUCAUGUCUCUAAACAGUGGCUCAGCUCUGUGUGUGAAGCAGUCCAAAGACUCUUCCAGUGACAGCGAUGAGGGUUGUGCCACCUGGGGCUCCAGACACAGUGCGAAUACUCAGCGAGGACAUCAGCCAGUCAAGAGACACAAUAGCUAUGAAGAUGACCCAAAGAUCACCGCUCAGAUACACCUGACCCUGACCGAUUUAGAUGCAAAUCUUGAAGACAUCAUUCAGUCAGACGGAGCAUCUGAUUUAGUAGACAAUGAAAUCCCUGUGUCCAUUGUUGACAUGGAUAUUCCAGUAACAACCAUUGACGAAGUUCCUGAUGACAACCGAUACAGCAUGAGUGAGUUUAAGACGACGUUGCUGUGCAGCACUCAAAACGUCAUCCGCCAAUCAUGUACACCAUGUGAGGCCAUCCAAACGAAAAACAACAAUGCCUGCCUUACAAAGGUGAAAAACUUGAGUCCAUCUUCAGCCACUCAGAAGCAGUCCCAAAACAUUAAGCUCACAGGUGUUGAGAAAAACGUGAGUCCAUCUUCAGUUAAUCAGAAGUGGUCAAAAGAGACUAAGCUCACAGAUGAUAAGGAACAGAAAGUUGUCUUAAAGCCUGACACUAACAAUAAAGCUGAAAUUGAUGACCUAAAGAGCCAGAAAGACAUUUUAUCUCAGAAACCUCAAGGUCCUGCUGUGCAUCAGACAGGUCUAAGUGUUAAAAAUAUUCCUGAGAACAGAUUAAAGCCCGCACCUAUGGUCCGAAGACAUAGCACAGAGACUGCUAAUGAAGACACAAGACCUAUUAACAGAGCCCCAGCAACUAAGGGUAAGAUCACCCAGAUUUCCUUCUCUCGGUUUGGAACGAAAACAUUCACAGUCAUUCCUCCCAAGCCAGCUGUGUCCCAGACAACCAAGCCUGUGGGCUCUCUAGUCAUAGGUGCCAUUAAGAUUGAUGAACAGGGCAACAUGGUUACAAAAAGAAUGAUUACCACGGCCCCAGAAAAACACUGCAGCCCUGAAGGGGCCACUUGUGCUACAGAAUCCUCACAGGGCAAAGCCAAAGCUUUCUGGAGCCCUGCAGAGAAGCAAGACCAGUCAUCUACAACCAACCAAGGACCUGUGGUGAAGAAUAAUGAAGCUGAUGUGGUCAAACCCUCACUUGUAUCUGGAGUCUCUAAACUUUCAGAGAAAUCACUUCCUGAGGAAGCAAUCAAAGAGAUUAAUGUAUUAGAAAAGAACUCCAUAUCAGUAGUGGCAUGUAAGCCAUUGAUUCCAGAGCCUGUAGAGAAUUCCUAUUUCACAGGUGAAAAGCGAGAUCUCUCUUUUCUUAAACCCUCCAGAAGAACAUCCAGCCAAUAUGUAGCUUCGGCCAUUGCUAAAAACAAUGGUUUCCUCAGCACUAAAAUAGAUAGCAUUCCGGAGCCAACAGAGUCUAAUGUUGGUGUUCAAAAACUACGUGUCUAUCAACAUUUUAAUAAUGAGAUUAGACCUACAAACACACUUCCAGUGGGGUUGCAUAAGCCUGCUACUGCUUUCAAACCAACAGAAAGUUCAGUGCCUUCUUUUGCUGGCCCUAAACGCUCGCUAAGUUACCCCAGUCAUGUAGCGGAAAAGUCAAAAGGUUCUGAACAGAUUAGUAGUGUUGAUAAAGGCACUCUUCAUGGGGGAGACAGAACCAAAUCUAUGGACUCACAAUCCAUAUAUAACAAAGUCCAGCCUUCAAUAUAUAUUUCCACUCAUAUUAUACCGUUUAAAUCUUCAUCAGAAGAAGAUGCAUCAAUCAAUAAGUUCCAAGACACAUCCUCACCUCGACAGAUGCUAACAGACACCACACGUCCACCACUUACAAAGAAGCCAGAGUUAAACAAAUCAGAGAUUCCAUCUGAACCAAACCAGGGUAACACAUUUGGACCAGUUAAGAAGUUCAAGCCUGUUGAUUUUAAGCCUGUCCAGAAGGAAACUUCUCUCCACAGCUCGCUAAUGGAGGCCAUUCGGUCUAGGGAGGGAAUUGAAAGUCUCAAAAAGGUAUCUGAUUGUUCUAGCAGUUACAUUGCUAAAAAUCCAUCUUUCAUUGAUGUAGAGAGUGAGCAUUCUGCACUUCUAUCUGCGAUAAGAGCUCCAAGAAACUCCACCAGACUGAAGAAGACCAAAUCAGGAGCAGCUAAAGAGCUGGAGCAGAUCAAGAAAGCUGAGGAGGACAGAAAUGUCCAGAGAGAUAUUAUCUCACCUCCUACCACCCCUCCUCCUGCUUUUACAGCACCCCAACCUCCAGCCUUUAGUCCUACCCCACCCCCACCCCCACCUCCACCUCCUGCUCCAUCCAAGCCACUUCUAGUGCUGCCCGCUGUCAGGAACCCAGAGGUUGCCCGAGAGGCUCUUCUGGAGGCUAUCCGCUCAGGCUCUGGAGCCCAACGUCUGCGGAAGGUACCUGUCACACACACAAGAAGGCAAGUGAAUGGGAGACUUGGCACCAUUCAGGCAAGGUUGCCACUUUCCCAUGGACACUAGAAACUUUCACUGGAUAAUUGUUUGGGUUUUCAGCAAACCCAUAGCCAAAUCUGGUGUUUAAGCAUUUAUGCUAUUGCUGUUGCAGAUAAUGCGAACACAGUAAUCAUAGCCUUCUUUAUUUAUAGUGAUAUGCUGCUUCACUUUUGUGCCAAUACUAAUUUGCUUAGAUUAAUGCAGUUCAUGUCCUGCUACUGACAUGCUAAUGAUGAUGUUGAAUAAUCUAACCCUAAACCUAACCUAGCGUUUGAUAUUGGUAUUUCAUAUAUCCUAAAUCUGCCUGACCUCUAUAUCUUUAUCAGUAUUAUACCUAUAUAUAUAAUGCUGGUAUUUUCUGUUGAAUCCACCUGACAAUCACAAUGGUCUUUGGCAAUAUGCUUGUUGAUUUUCCUUUUUUUAAACCAACACUUGGUUGAAAGGUGUGAAAUAAGUUAAACCGGCAGAUUUUUAUUUAAUUGUUAUAUUGAAAGUUGUUUCUUUAAAAAAACAUUUUUCACAACACUUUCAGAAUGAUCAAUAGAUCAGAAUUUAUUUCCAUUAGAAAAGGUAGAAUAUUCAACAAUGUGAAUUGUUUUUGAAGCAGCGUUGAUACACAUGCUGCAUGUUUGACCAAUAAUGCAUCUUCAAAAUAAUUCCUUAAAGCAAAAAAAUAAAUAAAAAAAAUGUUGUUGCCUUAUAGUUAUCAAAUGACAUGUUUAGAUGUACAAUGUAAUCAGUACCUACUUACCAAGCUGCUGAACAACUGUAAUCUAGAGCUGUCAUGGUGCUUCACCUUUAAUUUAUACCAUUGGGGAAAUUAUACACUACUAGACUUUUGAGUAAAUUGUUUAAUAUUUUUACACAAGUUGUAAAUCUUUUUGUUGUUGUUGUCAUUUAGUACUAAAGACUAGAUGACAGACCUGUAUGGAUCUAAUCUUAUUGAAUCUAUGACUUUUGUAUAAAAAAAGUUGUAUAUUUUGUAAAAAUAUGUUUGACACUAAUAUAUAGUUUCAGAUUUGACUACAGCGUUAGUGUAAUGAAAAACGAUUUUCAGAUUUUUCAAUAAUGCUUUUGUAAUGUAAAAUUGUGCUUUUUUUUAUUGCAGCACAAACUGAAUCAAACAAAAAUAAACAUCA